GGGCGGGGCCUCUAGCCCGCUGUGGGAGUAAUAAAGUUUUGUUGUGGUUGUCAGGUACAAGAUGGCGGCGGAGCUACGGCCGCCUCUGAUUCUCGAUCCUGAGUCUGAGGGAGACAGCGCCGAGGGGGAGGACAUCUUCACCGGCAGCACCAGCCCCUCAGAAAUGGAUUCCACAAAGAUUUCUGGCAAUAGCUCCAAGACAAAUGGUAUACACUCUGAUGACGAACAAGAUAUUUUUGCUGAAGCUACUGUGGAGUUAUCUCUGGACAGCCCUGAAAAUGGCAAUCAAACUAAACCAUCCACUGCUGGUCUGACUGUAACGGUUCCACCUGGAUCUACUAUACAAUCCCAGACUAAAAUCUAUCAAGAGUUGGAAGAGGAAGAAGUGGAGGAUGAAGAGGAUCAGUUUGAUGUGAAUGUUACAGUUACUGAGCCAGAGAAAGUGGGUGAUGGGAUGGCAGCAUACAUGGCCUAUAAAGUGUCUACUUUGACCAGCUUAUCAAUCUUCAAGAGGAAGGACUUUAGUGUGAAACGACGAUUUAGUGACUUUCUUGGAUUGUAUGAUCGACUGUCAGAAAAACAUUCACACAAUGGCUUCAUAGUUCCUCCUCCUCCUGAGAAGAGCUUAAUAGGUAUGACCAAAGUGAAAGUUGGGAAAGAAGAUUCUUCCUCUGCUGAGUUCCUGGAGCGGAGGCGAGCUGCAUUAGAAAGAUAUCUACAGAGAAUCAUCAAGCACCCAACGCUCUUGCAGGAUCCUGAUGUGAGAGAGUUCUUGGAAAAAGAUGAGUUGCCACGAGCAGUAAACACUCAAGCUUUAAGUGGUGCUAGUCUCCUUCGGAUGGUGAACAAGGCUGCCGAUGCAGUCAGCAAGAUGACCAUCAAGAUGAAUGAGUCUGAUAUCUGGUUUGAAGAGAAGUUUCAGGAGAUUGAGAAUGAAGACCAACAAAUACGCAAGCUUCAUGCUGUUGUUGAAACAUUAGUCAAUCAUAGAAAAGAGCUUGCGAUGAAUACGGCCAUCUUUGCAAAGAGUGCUGCCAUGCUGGGGAGCUCCGAGGAUCACACCGCAUUAUCCCGGGCACUGUCACAGCUUGCAGAGGUUGAGGAGAAGAUUGAGCAGCUUUACCAUGAGCAAGCCAACAAUGACUUCUUCCUGUUCGCUGAGUUGCUGAGUGACUAUAUCCGUCUGAUUUCUGCAGUGAGGGGAGUCUUUGACCAACGGAUGAAAGCAUGGCAGCGUUGGCAAGAUGCUCAGACCACGCUGCAAAAAAAGCGAGAAAACGAAGCUCGACUGAUUUGGGCCAAUAAACCUGACAGACUGCAACAAGCUAAAGAUGAGAUAUCAGAGUGGGAGCCCAAGGUUCUACAGUGUGAGAGAGAUUUUGAGCGGAUCUCCCUAACCAUUCGGAAGGAAGUUGCUCGGUUUGAGAAAGAGCAAAUCAAAGACUUCAAAAGUCGGAUUAUUGUGUAUUUGGAAACACUUCAGAACUCUCAGCAACAGCUCAUCAAAUACUGGGAAGCUUUCCUACCAGAAGCAAAAGCCAUUGCGUAGUGGAAUUGAAAACGGAGUGGACACUUGCUGCCUUUUAUAUUGUAUCUCCAGCCUAUAAGUGAAUCUGCAAUAUCAUCUAUAAAAGGGGACACUUUUUUUUAAUGGUUGCAGGUUUUUCUUGCUCUUCCUAUGAUAAAUCUUGAAUUAUCUUUCAUUUUCAUAUAUUUUCUUAUGAAUUGAUCAGUUGGGAAGCCCAAUUGUGAUGGAAUUUGAAUUUUUUGAAUGCCCAUUGCAGAUAUGGGUUUGGGAAGGGGAGAGGAGGGAGGGGAGUGGAGAUAUUAUCAGAACUUGUCCCCACAGCAUCCACUCUUUUUCUCCUAAUGACAAACUCCUGCUCUUCUCCAACAGAACUGUUGGGUUUUUUUAAAUAAAAGAAAACCUGUCUUUCCUUUAACCUGAGUUCCACAGAUCUGAGAGGACCAAAGAUUUUGAGGGAUCCAAGUGUUGAGAGCUCUGUAGUCAGGACUAGGACAACCAGCGGUGGAACAUCAGACUGACACCUUUUAAAACUCUAAUCGAGCUUUCAAAACAAAGUACUACAGCUGGCCUGGAACUCCAAGCAGCCAGUACUAAUGGCCAAACCAUGAUUGCCAGUACAUGAAUAGGCAACAUUGUUUACACAUGUCCUCUUUUUCUCUGAACCUGCAUCCAUGCUGUUUGUAUUGUUUUCUUGCUAGUCUUUGAACUUUGCAUUACCAUUAUAGUUAUAUAGCUGCUGGACUGAGUAGAAGUGAAGAAGGUCUCAACAAAAUAGGUUUAUAGGCUAAGUUCACGUUAAAUACAGUUAAACAUGGGGGUCUUAAAUAUGGACUGUGCUGAGGACUGAUAAAGAAUUCCUCCCAUUUGUGAACUUUCAAUGACUCAGCCGCUGUGUUUGGUUAAGGGAAUUCUGUAACAUGGUUGUCUCUGGCUGAGAUGACUACCCAUGUAUUCCUGAGCCAAGUUGAAUUACCAGCCCUAUGUUCCACUUUAAAUUUUCUAUCUUGUAGUGGUUUCCAAGACUAUACUUUUUCACAAGUGUCAAGACAAUAAAUUGUAUGCCAUAACUGGAACAAGUGGCUCCAUCCAAAUAUAACCUGUUUACUGCGGCCUGAUUUAGCUGACUAACAUUACUGUUCAUGCACAAGUGUGAGCAGUUGCAACUUACCUUGCUUAGUGCUGUUUUAUGGACUGAUUGUGGAGUCUAAAUACAAAGAAUUUGGGGGUGAAAAAUGAAAUAGAGACUGGUAAAAGAUUGAUUUACAACAGUGCUGUAGAACAACCUGAUAAACACUGGUGUAUUUGACUCUAAUCUGUUUAUGGUGCAACAAAAAGGCCCUUGUCACUUGCUCCUCCAUUGUCAUUGAACUCCUGUAGUAACCAUCCAGCCAUGAGUGAGACUAGCAGGAGAGACUUUCCCGGAAACUGUGACCUGACAAAGCCAAGUAUCCUUGUCUGCUUUCCUGACUGACAGUCAAAGCGAGUUGGAAGGCAACAGAACCGUCUGUUUACAAACCUGUUUAUGGCCUGCUCUCCUGUAUUACUUCAGUAUUCUGGAAAAAGAUACUGGUGUUCCUGCACACACAAUCGGUAAUCUUUACUCAUUAUGCACUAAAACCUUUUUUAAAUUUUCAGUUUAAUGUACUUUCAGAGGAACUGAGAAUUCUCUUUCACUUUGUUCUCAAGUAGAAAAAAAAAUCAGUUCCUCGUCUAGUUGUGACCUCAACUUUCAAAUAAAGUUCACAAAUGAUUUACCAAA